AUAUAUAUAUAGAGACUCCCUCUCUUCCAACGCCCCAUCCUGAACUGAUCGCCUCUCUCUGUCUCUCUGUCUCUCCGACGCUUCUUCGUCCCCCUUGGUUAGAGUAAGAGAGGGGAGAGAUGGUUCGCUUCAGCAACAACCUGAUCGGGGUGCUCAACAUCAUCACGUUCGUCCUGUCGAUCCCGAUCCUGAGCGCCGGCAUAUGGCUGGCCCGGAGGGCCACCACCGACUGCGAGAAGUUCCUGCAGUGGCCCGUCAUCGCCCUCGGCGUCUUCCUCCUCCUCGUCUCCCUCGCCGGAGUUGUCGGCGCCUGUUGCCGCAACUCCUGCCUCCUCUGGUUCUACCUCCUCGUCAUGUUCAUCCUCAUCAUCCUCCUCUUCUGCUUCACCGUCUUCGCCUUCGUCGUCACCAACAAGGGCGCCGGCGAGGCCGUCUCCGGCCGCGGGUUCAAGGAGUACCGCCUCGGCGACUACUCCAACUGGCUCCAGAAGCGGGUCGACAGCGACAAGAACUGGAGGCGGAUCAAGAGCUGCCUCCAGGACGGUAAGGUCUGCCGCAGCCUUCAGGAGAAGAACCAGACAUGGGAUCAGUUCGUCAACUACAACCUCUCCCCCAUUCAGUCUGGGUGCUGCAAGCCUCCUACAGCUUGCAACUUCAUCUACGUGAAUGAGACUUUCUGGACCAAGCCCGUAGGCUACAAUACAUCCGUUCCAGACUGCAACGCAUGGCAGAACGAUCAAUCGGUCCUCUGCUACGACUGCCAGUCCUGCAAGGCCGGCGUCCUCGCCAACAUCAAGAGCGACUGGAAGAAGGUCGCCAUCGUCAACGUCGUCUUCCUCGUCUUCCUCAUCGUCGUCUACUCCAUCGGAUGCUGCGCCUUCAGGAACAACAGGCGGGACAACGCGUACACGGGAUUAAAGACAUACCCUUAGAGAAUCUAAUCUGCCUUUGGACCUCUCCAAUUUUCUCUUUUGGAUAUCAUUCCAGGAGAGUGACUGUUAGGAUGAUACAUUUGCAUACUUGGUUGCUUGGUUUUCAUGUACAUCAUUCCAGGAGAGUGUUAGGACACAUUCAGAUUUGUCUUUGCAAUGAUCUUCUUCUCCUCGCAUGCGUCAACCAUGAUCUUUGUAAACUAAAAAAAUAUCUAUACAAGAUUUAUGCAGUUCAGUAUUGCC